AUGAAAGUUGUUGAAUUCCUAGUAUUUCUUUCAAUUGUUUUAGUUGGUGUUGUUGUUGGUCGGGAUCAAUGUAGAUUCGCAUCGCUCUACACUCAGAAUCAAUUGUAUAACGAUCCAACUGCUCAACAAUCCUUUAUAAACAAUGUUUUAUAUUGGGAAGGAAAUUUCCAUCAACAUUUAGUUGGUAUUAAUGCAGAAUCAGCAUAUACAUAUGAUGGACAUACAUUGGAUUAUGCAACUGGAGAGUUACAUUCACCACUACAUACAUUCAGUGCACCCUCUAAGGAAUCUAUUCAUCUUGGUAUGAUGGCAAAUGCUUUGACCGGAAAGACAUCGACCGGAUUCGAUGCUUCGAUUUUCUUCCAUCAAUCGGUUGACAAUAGUUCCUCUUCGGAUCCAUUCGACAAUGUGAUAACUACACUCACCCGUAAGAUUACAACCUAUGAGAAUUUCAAUAAGCAAUUCCCAGGUUACGGUGGUUUUAUGCCGUGGGUCAGCGUCAACAAUACCGGUAUCUAUCCACUUCCAGGAUAUUGGUCAGAGAGAGUUCCAGGUUUGGAUAACGGUGAAAUGAUUUGGGGAAUGUAUGCCGUAAUUCAAGCACUCAAAGCCUAUUCAGAUCAAGCCGCGCUUCUCCAAAGAUAUCAAGCAUACCUCGAUCUGUUGACACAGAACGCCAAAACCAUCUUUUACACCAAUCCAGGAUGGAUCAAUGCUGUAACUCAUAUCGAUAAUAUCUAUGCUCAACCAACUCCAUCAAACUAUCAAAACGAUUGCAAUUGUUUCUUAGAUGAUCCAUAUGAAGGUGAAAUGCUUACUGUAUAUAUGGAUUUAUAUUGUCAAUGGGAUAAUAUUACUGAGAGAGAUCAACUUUGGAUAAACAAAAGAGCUUUGCUCCAAAGUGUUGAAUUCCAAUCGCCAGAAGGAAAUAUUACUGUACAAAGAGGUUGGUGGUUCUCAUCUCAUGAACAAUGGAAAUAUUUAAUGUUACCCUAUAGAGAUAUCGAUAUUAAUAGACGUGUUUUUGAGAAUGGUGAACGUGCAAGAACCUAUUUCUCAAAUAUGAACCAAUAUCCAGGACUGUUUGCCUCGGUUAACAAUGUUACUCAACCAAAUACCUAUGAUCCAAACUACGAUGGUGCAACUGGAAUUCAAGAGAUUGCAUUCGAGAGUAUUCAAACCAACGAUGUAUUUACACCAUAUGGAUCGUAUCCAUUGUUUUUAGUUCAAGAUGUAGGUAUGUCACUUGGUCUUGCUUGGUAUUACAAUAUGAUUUCAGCCCCGGCAAUGCAGAACCAAUAUGGUUCAACUGAAUCUGGUAGCAAUCAAGGUGAUCUUAUUUGUCCACUUUUAACUUGGGAUUCAAAGAUCACCACUGUCUUGGCAAUGAUGGGAGGUGCAGUAGAUUUAAAUAGAAAUGGAUUAACAGUUGACAAUAAAAUUAAUAGAUUCUAUCAAGUUAUUGAACGUGAGUGGACUCUUGCUUUCCCUGUGUUGAAUGGAGAGAAUAUUGACUUCCAACUUCCACCAGUAUCAGUACCAAAAGUAUUAAAUGAUUUUACUACUUGUUCAAAUUAA